GUAUGUGGAGGUUAACCUGGGUAGGUGGAUUUAAGAAGAGAGUCUAACAAAGUUUUCGUUGAUGUGAAAAAAAUCAAAAAGAUGCAUAUGUAUCUAUCAAGUACUACGCAACUUUUAAUAGGUUGAUAAUAAAGGGUAAAGGGGGAAUCUAUGAUGAAUGUAUGCACAGGUAGGGGAUAAAAUAGAAAUUUGCGACAACAAAAGGGCAAUUUCAGAUCCCAUCGGAAUUUUAGAAUGGACACGACAAGCAACAGACAUUUUGUAUUGUUUGUUCCCAAAUCUAUAAAUUAUGUAAAAAUUCUCGGUCAUUGAAAAUAUAUCAGCUUCAUUAUAAAUCUCCUCCAAGCGACAACCAUUUACUCUGCCUUUUAAGACUGAGCUCUUGGUUUAAUAAACAUCAAAAACGUCUGUUUUCGUUUUCAUUAGACUAUAAUGAUUGAUAUUGUGUCAAAGCAAAGCCCUUUAGCCAGCCCUUGUAGAAGCUGUAGUACCAGAAAGCAGAGCCAAUUUAAUCUUAUCCUGAGAUUAUAAUCUCCCCCUCUCUUUUUCUGUCGGCUAGUCCAGUAAGACCAUUAAGAGAUUUACCUACUAGCGUUGCCUAUAUACUACCCCUGAUAAAUUUUAAAAUAUCCCCUAAGUUAUGUUUGUCAUUUUUGUUUUCUGUCCAUUAGUCAGACAAGCGACGCUCCACCUAGAUCAAUAACAACAAAUAAAUUCAUCACACUCGAAAGCAUUCUUCAUUCUACUCCUUCAAGCUAACGCUUUACUUUUUUGCCUCGAAGAAGUUACCUCCAAUUAACACAUUGAUCCUUUUUAAGCCAGAAUAUAUCCAGAUUGUAAUUUCGGGUAAUUCAGCACUUUUAGACAAAAAAUCAGGCUUUAUGUUACUUGGGCUACAAAGCAUCCAAAUCGAUGCUGAAAGUGAUAAAAUUGCCAAAACACUUCAGAUAGAUGUUAAAUCAGAGUCUAAGCGCAAAAUUGAACCCGAAAAUGCGACCUUAAAAUACAAUUCAUUCUGUUAUAAAUAAGUACUUAAAAUAACCUUAAAAUAAGUAUUCAUACUGUUUUUAAUGUGGAUUGAACAUAGUCAGCUUCUAAUGUUUUUUGAGACUAUUCGAUUGAUUUUUACCCAAAUAAGUUCCCAAAAUUGUCUUUCCAUUGAAAAAGCAGGACGCAUUCAUUACUUUUGUUAUAGACUUAUUGUUAAAAAUUAUUUGCCCAAUCAAGCGUGACGUGAAUGCUCGUCCAACCAAGCAAAUUCACUGAGGCAUUUUUCCUGUCAGACAGAAAAAAAACGCAGUCUUUCGUUGAAAAUAGGGUUAUAAAUGGGUUACUCAUCUAAGACAAAGCAGCCUUGCUUCUCGUCGCAGCAGCUGUACAUGGACUACUUCUACGAGUCGCCUCCAGUCGGCAAACGACAGAGUGUAGCGUCCAGGGUUUUCAACUACUGUGACCCGGAUGAGGCUCUCAUUUCCCUGGACCAGAGCGAGCGGGCCAGUGGGUGUCCACUAACUGUGCCCAUGAAGCAGACCAGACUGAUGAACUGUCUCCGCAACCAGUGUCCAUGUGCCAAAGAGGGAUCAAUCACACCAGCCGCUUGCCAGUCAGGGAGGUUAGAGCAGGAGCUGGAUGUGUUUGAGGUGCUGCGAGUGAAGAAGUGUUCCAGUAAGAGACUGCCUCCUUUCGACUACUACAGGACGGCUAACUGGCUCACUCUAGUACUCAUAUACUUCAAGAAUGACAUCGCCACUUACCAGCAACUGAAGACAAUGGAGAGCAUCUUGCAGACCAUGAAUGUAUCCAACAUGGUGGCAGAACUCCUCAUGGAUUCAGACUCUCAAGACUCUCCCUCAUCCACAAACAACAACAACAACAACAGUUGCCACAAAAACAUACCACGUAAUCAAAACACGCCCAACGACAGACUGCCCAAUGGGUUUGGGUCGAAUGAAGAUUUAACCAAGAUUUCAUUUUGCCUUCCGAGAGUCACAAGACUUUAAAAGAUCUGUUUCUAUAUAUGCUGUAUAUGCUGCAGUUUCAAUUAGUUUUAGAGAACAGAAAUAGAUA